UCUUAGGGUUAUAAGCAUAAGGAUGCAUUUCUUGUAACACAAAUGCCUCUUCCUCACACUAUUGUAGAUUUCUGGAAGAUGAUAUACGAUUAUAAUUCACCUCUCAUUGUGAUGUUAAAUGACGGUAAAAGAACAGACGAUCCGUCCAUUGGACAAUACUGGCCAACUGAAGGUUUAGCAAGAUAUCAUUUUUACGAAGUUCAAGUCGUGACUUUUGAAGAUCACGGCACUGUUAUUGUGCGAACCAUUAAACUUAUCAAUACUAUGAAUUCCAGAGAAUCUCCUCAUAGAGUUGUUCAGUUGCAAUUUAAGGAAUGGCCACACGAUCAGAUUCUUCCGAGUUCUGCUUCCAUGCUGGCAUUACUAAACCAAGUUGAUCGCUGGUAUCGUGGAACAACUGGUGGCCCAAUCACCAUUCACUGCCUGAAUGGAGCUGAAAGAUGUGGUCUAUUUUGCAUUACUAGUUAUAUCUGUGAUCAGUUGAAAACAGAACACGCACUCGAUGUUUUUAAUACUGUAAAAAAGUUAAGAGCUAAUCGACCCGAAUUCAUUACUUCUCUGGAACAAUACAGAUUUUGCUAUCAGAUUGCACUAGAACUCAUAGAUUCAUAUUUGUUACACAGAUUAAAUUAAAAUUUUUACAUUUGAUGGAUUUUCAUACAAAUUUAUAGGAAAUUCUCAUGUGUUUUUAAUGAUUGAUAUGGCAUAAACAUCUUUUGUUGUAAUAAAUAAAUGUUAAAAAAUUUUCAAACAUUCCAGAUGGAUUUUAAGUCUUAGGUGCAAAACAUAAGUAUUAUCAUAAAUUUAGUAGUCUACAGGCUUAAUUGUAAUAAAUCGAGAGAGAAUAAAUGCAAUUACAAAUGUGGAAAGAGUAACAAUAA